AUGGUGGUAUUCUAUUCCUUUAAAUUUUAUAUGAUUAGUUACAUAAAUUACUUAGCAAAUAGGGUGCCUAAAAGAGUAGAUGAUCUUAAUACACAGAGAUGUCCCUACAAUGUUGGCUAUGUUGUUGCCCCAAAAGAUGAAUUUGCUGGUGAAGUCUCGAUAAUGUCAUCGAAAUGCAUGACUGAAACUGAUUUCAGGUAUAAUGAUAAACAGAAAAUGUAUGCAGUUUAUCUUAUGAACAUGACAACAAAUGUUCGUAUUUGGAAAGCCUUGAACUCACAAUCAGACGGUGACCACCUUGGCCUUAUUAAAAAAGUGUUGCGGCCUUGUCAUGAUGGUGGAGAAAAUUGCAAAUUUUGUAGUCAAUAUUCUUACACUAAAGAAGACAUAAUUCGUUCUCAAAAUUUGAAUGAUUCACAGGAAGAAGCUGUUUCAAGCUGUGUUGGUAUGUUAAACUGUUGUCAUGCUAAUACCAAAAUUAUAUGGGGUCCACCUGGAACUGGGAAAACAAAGACAAUUGCAUGCCUGCUAUUUUAUCUUCUCAAGUUGAAAACAAGGACACUAACUUGUGCACCAACAAAUACUGCGAUUUUGCAAGUCGCAACUCGGUUGCAUAGUUUAGUUAUGGAAUCCCUUGAGUAUGAUACCUAUGGUUUAGGUGACAUUGUGCUCUUUGGAAAUGGUAAAAGAAUGAAAGUUGAUUGUUAUCCAGGUCUUGGUGAUAUCUUUCUUGAUUAUCGGGUGAAAAACCUCAUGCAGUGCUUUUCUUCAUUAACCGGAUGGAAGCGUACCUUGGAGUCCAUGUCCCAGUUUCUUCAAGAUCCCGAAAAGCAAUAUUUUUCAGAGAUUGGCCUUAAGUCCCUUGAGGAAUUUGUCAAUGAAAAACAUAGUCAUGUGUUAUCCUCUUUCUGCAUGUACAAGCGAAUUAGUAGGAAUGAUGAUCAUAUUAUGACAUUGGAGGAAUAUGUGCAGAAGUUGUGGAUCAAUAUUGCAGAUGAAUAUUCCGACAAGAUGGAUAAUAUUAAAAGUUUCAUGACAUUGGAGCAGUUUGUGAAGAAGACAUUUUGUGAAUUAAGUGAGAAGCUCAAGUUUUUGAUACAAAAUUUAUACACUCACCUGCCCAAGUCUUUUAUUUCACUUGCAACAGUGAAGAAAAUGUUUCGAGCUAUUGAACUAUUAAGGUCAAUUGGAAUUUCAUUGGGUCCAGAAAAGUUUAAGAAAACUCUUGAUGCUAGCGAAAAAGAAAGAAUUCCUUCUUGCUUUCUACCAUCAAACUCUGAAAUUGAUGAUUUCUUGAAAAUACUCAGUUUGCUUUCCAGUUCUAUUUUUCUUCCUGAACUCAAUGGGAGAAAUCAAAUACAAAAGUUUUGCUUGUCCAAUGCAUGUCUGGUUUUGUGCACUGUUUCUAGUUCUAUUAAACUCUACACUGAAGGAAUGACUCAGGUAAAGUUUCUAGUAAUUGACGAAGUGGCCCAGUUGAAAGAGUGUGAAUCCACAAUCCCCUUACAGCUACCUGGUCUUCAGCAUUGCAUUCUUAUAGGUGAUGAGAAGCAACUGCCAGCACUGGUGAAAAGCAAGAUUGCUGAUAGUUGUGGAUUUGGAAGAAGUAUGUUUGAGAGACUGGGUAAGGAGAAAUCUGGCCGCGGACACAGCUUGAUGAACAUGGUUGAGGUUGUUGUCAUUUCUGAGAUGAUUAAAAACCUCAAAAAAGAGUUUAAGAGGACACAAUAG